CAAUUGACGAGAUGUCGCAAGAAACUGAGCAGCCAUCUGCCGAGAAGAUUGUGGGGUACUUCAACAGUGCCCUGAAGGAGCUUAGAGAGACAGAUGACUAUAUCUCCUACGCCACUUUGCUGGAUGUUUACCUGUCCGAUACUUCACGGUUCUCGAGUGCUGAGAGAACCCUGUUGAUCAAGGGCUUUUACAAGAUCCUGGAGGACAAUGUGGAUAUUGUAGAGGAAAUUGGAUGGGAUAUUCCCGAGUUAUUGCUGGAUCUAUUUGAUUUGGAUUGGUGUUAUGGUGAUAACAAUGAGGAAAAACAGGCCAUUAGGCUCAUCAUGCGUGGGUUUGAGAUCGUUGCAAAGAAUGGUAACCCCAAGGAGACGUUCUUGAAGAGUAUUGAAUUGCUCAACGAUUUGGAUUUCUCUCACAACGAGGGCAAGGAUGAAUUGAUCUUGGACCUCAAAAUUUAUGCACUGUUGGAGCUUGUAUCAAGUUCGUUGAAGCGUAUUAAUACCAUUUACCCUUCAAAGUUCCUUUCCAUGGCACUGAGUGCGCUGUUGAAGGCGUACUCACAGUACCUGAAACAUACAACGCUGACAAGGUUUAUCGCUCGUCGUUUGUAUUCAUUUGCAAGAGAUUAUAUACCACCUUUGAAACCAGCUGAGUAUUUAGAGGAGCAUGGUAUCUCGCAAAAGGAGGCCCAGAUGAUCGACGACGAUGAGAACUAUCUGCAACGUACACUGUUACAAAGUUUCAUUACGAACGUUGUUGGCUUAGCUACAAAAGAACGGUCUCUUUCGUUCAGUGCAAAAUUCUGUAACGACUUGAAAUUGAAAUGUACUGGUCAAAAGGUUACACAUGAGCGUGGCGAUGAAAUCAUUACGUCAACCACGGAUUGUUUCCUUCGUAUACUGACACUCUCUGAAUCGUUUGACAUGGAUAUGUACGACGAAUUUGAAAAACUGAAGAAAGAUUCCAUGUCAUUGCUCUCUAAAGUUGUUGACUCCAAGAGUGACGAUGCCCAGAUUCAAGAUUAUGUUAAAAUCUCUGUUAGCAACAAGAUUGAAACUAUGUACAAUCCGCAGUCAAAGACCAUCCCACUCAACGAUGUCGGUGUCUUAUACUUGACUGUACUUGAGUUCUAUGAAAAGGACCAAAUCCCAGAUCUGACAAUCCAAGAGGCCAUUGCUCUUCACUUGCGAUUCCUCUCGCCUGGGUUGUUCUCUGAACAAUUCAAGUCCAAAGGUGCCUUGGAUGGUGCUCUGUUUUAUGACUGGGCUGCGAUCACACACGCAACACCAGAGCAAUUGGCCAAGGUUCCACAUUACCAAAUAAUCCUGUUUCUACAAACCAUAGUCUAUUACUCUUCCACCGAUGACGAUGAAGUUUUCCGUUGGACAGCAUAUACUUUUUUGGUUCGUGUCCUGUGUAUGCUUGAGGAGUCCAUUGCUUACAACUUUCUCAUUGAUACGUUAACCACUGCUCCAUUUGACAAUGCCAAGGCCGCAGUGAUUAACAUCUUGAAGGAUCUGUGCAUUAGAACAAGACCGGAUGUUGAUUCACUUGCAGAGAAAUUGCAAGAUGCAUCAUUAACCGAAUCAAAAGAAAGAACAACAAAGCCGGCUCUUCCACAGAGACGUUAUAUUCAUUUAUCUAUUGACCGUACUGAUGAUAUAUACGCGCUGAUUCGUGAAUGUAUUGAUGAAACGUUUGACGAAAAGGUACAGUCCGUUGAUACGAGCAAGUUCAAGAUUCUUUUGGGAUAUUUGAACUUUUUGGUGGGUGUUAAGGAUCAAUUCCCAAAGAACAAGAUCAAAGAGAUCGUGGUCCUCACUGAAGACAAAUUAGCAAAGGCACCAUCUACAGAACUCGACGAUGACGCUGCCAAUUUGGAGUUCGCCUCUAUGGCUUGUGACUUGUUAAACAAGUUUUUAGACAGCAGUAACACAUCAUUGUAAGUAGGAGUUAAUACACAGUUUUCC